CCAAACACGCCUCUGGGUCAAAAAUUUUGAUUCUUUGGAAUACAAUAGAACUUUCUAACAUCUUCCCCGCAUGACCCAAACAGUCAACUGACUGACCUGACCUGACCGAAGCUUCUCGAGCUAACCCAACACCACCGUCUCCUCUUCAUUCUCUUUAAUAUUCUCUUUCUUACAUUAUAUACAUAUAUAAUUAUAUAUACAUAUUACCUAGAAGACGAAGCUCAAUCGAUACAGUCUUGGUUUUGAUUUGUUUUGGCUUAGUCUCUCAUUUGGGCAUUUUCACAAACACUUGACAAUGGCUGACGACGGUGCCGUUACACUCUAUAGCAGCAGCGCCAUCACCGACACCAAGACGAACACGUUCUCGCUCAAGGUCGGACUCGCCCAAAUGCUUCGCGGCGGAGCAAUUCUCGAAGUCACCAACUCCGACCAGGCCAAGAUCGCCGAAUCCGCCGGAGCUUGCUGUGUCAUCGUCACGCAGCCCUUUCAAGGAGGCAUUUCUCGCAUGCCUGACCCAUCUCUCAUCAAAGAAAUCAAGCGAGCAGUCUCAAUUCCGGUCAUGGCCAAAGUCCGCAUCGGUCAUUUCGUCGAAGCCCAAAUCCUCGAAUCCGUCGGCGUUGAUUACGUCGACGAGAGCGAGCUUCUUGCAGUGGCUGACGAAGACAAUUUCAUCAACAAACACAAUUUCCGUGUACCGUUCGUUUGUGGGUGUCGAGAUCUCGGCGAGGCCUUGAGGAGAGUGAGAGAAGGCUCGGCGAUGAUAAGGACUCAAGGGGAUCUAUCUGGGUCUGGAGACAUUGUUGAUACUGUUCGCAAUGUGAGGAAAUUGAUGGGUGAUAUUAGGGUUUUGACGAACAUGGAUGAAGACGAACUGUUUGCGUUUUCGAAGAAGAUAACUGCGCCAUAUGACAUUGUGGCACAAACCAAGCAAAUGGGUAGGCUUCCGGUGGUGCAUUUUGCUGCCGGUGGGAUAGUCACGCCGGCGGACGCGGCGCUGAUGAUGCAAUUGGGCUGUGACGGCGUGUUCGUGGGACCCGAAAUUUUUAGCUAUUCGGACCCUUACAGGCGAGUUCGGGCGAUUGUUCAGGCUGUCAGGAACUACAAUGAUCCGCAGUUGCUGGUGGAGAUGAGCAGUGGGUUGGAUGAGGCUAUGGCGGGAUUCAAUCUCAGCGAGGACAGGGUCGAACAGUUUGUUACUGGAGGUACCUAUUGAUCCAAAAAUCAUCGAAGGUGUUUGUUUUCUGUGUUGUUAAGCAUAUAGAGUGUGUCUUACAGUAAUGUAUAGAGAGUUUAGAGAUGAUAUAUGUCCCAAUUUUGUGUUUGUUUUCCGUGAAUAUUAUCUUAUAUGAUCUAAUAAUAUGUUUCCGGCGCUCACAGUUUGUGUUGAGACUUUGAGUACUGAAAUGAGAAUAAAUUAUCGUUCUUA